AUGCCAUCUCCUGCGACGCCACAACGUCCCUCCAAUCAUGGAGGAACUGCGAAAUCCACCAAACCGCUGGACAUCGGAGAGCCGCUAGGGGUGCACGACACGAACACGGUGCGCUCUAGAGUGCGAAAAUGGCAGCAACAAGGCGGCGGGGUCGUUACAGUCGACGACCCCUAUGCCGAUGAUGGGGAAAAUGAUGCGAAGCCGAAACCAAAGCCUGCCAAAGUCAAGAUCGAGAAGCUGGAGAAGCUGGAAAAGCUGGCGAAGGUAGAGAAGCCGAACAAGGACAAACCCCCGACCACAAGGAAGCGCAGUCAUAGCACACCUCGCAAACGUGUGGUGAGCGAUGAGCAUUGGAAACGAACGAGAAGUCGAGCCUCGACCCAGUCCUCGUCGCGCAAUCUGCGCAAUCUGCCCGCACCUAAGCGCAUAGCCGAAUACACCACAAAUGAAGGGCAGCUUAGGUCUCCACGGGGGAAAUGCGACGAUAGUGACGAUGAGAAAAAGGGUCGCGGUCCUUCUAAAUCCCUAAUUCGAGACACCAAGUCCGCGGGCGCACGACAGAGCAUCGACACCAUCACGGAGAGCGACUAUGAGACAGACCAUCCUAGAUCCGUGGAACCUUCGGAGCUCUCGGACAGAUUCAAGACGCGCUCGCCUCCUCCAGAGGAUGCGUGGGCAGCAAGCGAGGCGGAUUUCUCUGAGUUGUCGAGGAGACGCAAGCGCGGCCCAGCAAAACCUCCCAAAGGUGGUAUAUUCGCACACAUGCUCGACGAGUCUAGAAAAAUGUUUGGGAUUCCUGAACCCGAACCGCCGAGACCUACACCUACGCCGACUACGGGUCGUGGAGCCAAAAUUGAGGCAUGGCUUUCUGACACACCGGAUCCUUUUCUGGAUGAAGUCGUUUCUAAGAAUGAUAUGCCAGCUCCUCUGGAUCUGAAGUCAGGCCGAGCAAGGCGAUCUCAAAAACUUGCUGACGGGGACUCACAACCUCCUGGUACCGAGUCUGAACCGUCAACAAUCAGCGAGCGCCGGAAGAGCACCGAUCAUCCGAAGAGCACUGAUUACUCGAAGAGCUUCGAUCACCGUAAGAGCUCCGAUUACCCAAAGAGCGCUAUAAAUAAGCACUCCAAGGGAAGGGACAGCUUUUCUUCAAUCGACAAAACACACCAGGCACAAGAUCGUGAGAUGGCCUCAGAAUCGAAAAGAGCUAGUAUAGAUAGGACCUCCAAGUCAUCUGUCAAGAGCAAAGGGGAUAAUUCUGUCGAAGACAAGCCUUAUGAGGAUAGUGCCACAACCCCGGAGUCCGAUUUACAACCAUUCUCCGAUGGUGGCUCUGAAGUAUCAGGACUUAACGCACCUGUACCACUUGGCCGUAAGAAGCCCUUCCCGGCCACCGGUCAUCAUCGUUUAUCAACGAUUGCUUCUGCGGAAACCUUGAGCACCACUAUCACAGACAUAACCGAGCACGUACCGAAGUCUGCCCCCAUCGAAAAACUCGAAAUAAAACUCGAACCGAAACUCGAACCGAGACCUGAACCGAAACUUGAAUCGAAGCUUGAAUCGAAGCUUGAAUCAAAGCUUGAAUCGACACCCGAAUCAAAACCUGAAUCGAAACUUGAAUCGAAACUUGCCGAGGAAGCAGAAAAAGCAGAAGAAGCAGAAAAGGAUGACCAGUUCGAUCCCGACUCGCUACCCGUGGUAUCCUCGCAACUAAAAAGACGGCUUACCACUCACAAUGACCUCAUGUCGGUAUUAUCCGUCUCGGCCUCGCGGAGCAGAAGCAUCCGGUCGAAUCGGAGUAUUCGUACUAACAAAAGUCGCCUGGCCCACGCGACAGUUGAGGAUCUGCUCUAUGAACUUUCAGGUGACGAGACGAAGUAUAUGCGCGAGCUAAAAACACUGGUCGGGGGUGUGAUUCCGGUCCUCUUAACUUGCGUGCUGUCCCGCUCUGAUUCAGCCAUUGCCGCAGGCCUGUUUCGGCCGUCUCUGGACCCUCAAGAUGACGUGAACUUCUCGAAGCCAAUUGUUAACAUGGGAGUGGCGAUCGAGCGCCUCAAGAACCUCCACAAGCGAAUCCCGCAGGACAACGCGGAUGCAUUGCUUACAUGGGCGCAAGGUGCCCAGAGAGUCUACCGCGAGUACUUGAAGGCGUGGCGUCUCGGAUUCAAGGAUGUCAUUGUAAAUCUGGCUCCUCGGGAAGAAGACGAAGCUACAAACGAUGCUGACACGAAGAGCCUGGAUGAGGGCUUGGAGCGAGACGAAAAUGGCGACUUUGUAGACAGCGAUGGGGAAAAGGUCGAUGUGGCCUAUCUACUGAAGCGGCCGUUAGUGCGUCUCAAGUAUCUAGCGAAGAGUUUCAAGGGUAUCAAUAUUCUGGAGCCGUCCCCAAAGGCUGAAGAAACGGCUACCGCCUAUCAAAUUCUUGUUGACGAUGCCCGAAAACGCGUCCGAGAUGAAAGAGCGAGGCUGGAAGAUGACUCUGCUGCUUGUAUCGACCCAACACGCACAAGAGACCCAAUGACCUUGGGUGUCCUCCGCGGGAUCGGCAUUGACCAGACUCGCCAUGUCCGUGCUCGCGAUUUCUUCAAUCUAUCUUUGUAUCAUUCAAGUGGUCAACUUGUGGAUUGUCGAGCCGAGCUUUUAUAUCGAGACAACCCGGCGAGCAAAGGGCCUGGAGGCGAUCUCUUGAUUUGCGAAAUCGAUCAUUCAGAUCGCUGGCUUCUCUUCCCCCCUAUGGACCUAAGAUGUGUUUCAGCUCGCAAAGGAGACUCGAAACAUGAGAUCGUGCUCAUGCUGCGCAGCGCCCCCGAAGAUGCAACCAAGUACUGGCAAGAAUUAAUCUCGCUUCGCAUUGACGAAGAAGAAGUUGGGUCUGAAUGGGUCUCAUUACUCGGAUCUGACCCUAUUCCGCCGUCAAUUUGUCGAAGCCAAAGCUUCAUCAGCCGAGCCAAGCAGAACAAGGCUCGCAAGCCCUCUGCUGUUGAUUCUCCGCCCAGGUCGAAUGAUAUUGACAUCCCCAUCGGCGAGAAGGCGAGCGGUAAACGACGCUCGUGGACUUCAAAAGACCACUCGUCUGAGCCAAGUACGAUCAGCUCUGUUACCGAUGCCAGGAGCUCUUUGUCCUCAAUCGUCACUCGGGGGACUGAUUACACCACUGGGGGAUCCGAGCUGUCUAAGCCAGCCCGCCCUGACUUACCUCUUCUUCCUUCCACAGCUCCCAGGAGCUCGCUAACUAGUCAGGAAAGGACUCUCGCUGGACUCAAACGAUCCAAGGCAAAGAGAUUUUCUCGCCACAGUGACAGCCCGGCUUCCGAUACUGCCUCUCAGCACACUGUAUCUGAUAAAGCACCCGAACACAGCGCACCUGCGGUUGCCGCUCCUCAAACUCCAAGUACACCAACAGGAGGUAGAUUCUAUGGCGAAACGGAGGAAUCUUCAGCUAGAGGAUCACCGAGAGAAAAAUCGCGUUCGAGGAUUCCUCAACCCCAGAAGACCCCUGUCAGGGAACCCUCCCCUGAAUCUCCUAGGGUUUCAUCUGUGCCUUCGGUAAAUCUCCCACUGAUUCCCAAAAUCCGAACUCCUAGCAGCCAACCUCAUCUUUCCACUCCGACACGCAUGGACCCCGAAGAUGAGGAAGACUAUCCUCCCCUCGAAUUCUUGCCCAAGCAAGAAAUUAUGGAGACACCAACAAGGACUAGGAGAAGGAAGUCGCGAAGACGGCCAAAGGAUGAUGAUAGCCCUCCACCUCCCCCACCUCAUCGCUCGCCUAGCCCUGCCCAUGGCAAGCGCGCAACCCCCCCAGUUCUCACCCCCACUAGUGGUGGACUCAAGCGACGUGGCUCUUCUCCCCUGAAGCACGAAUAUGAACCCUCUACAGCUUCAGACUACUCAGAGACCGACUCGGACGCGUCAACAGUGCGCCACUAUUCCUACUCAUCAUCCGAGUACUCAAGAUCCAAUGGCUUUUCUGACUCAGAGGAUGAUUACUCCUCGGUAUCUGAAGACGAAGAAUAUGCUACUCCCAAGCCAAGAGCACACGACUCGAUUACUGAUGCCAGUUCUCUCUCGCCUUCUAAUUCUGUGUCGCAGGGUGGCUACCGCACUGUGCCGCUACAGCCCACCAAGACCAGCAAAGCCAUAGCGUGUGUCUUCGCGUGGUCUGACAAAGGCAACUGGGAGCUUUUGUUCCCUGACGAAUGUACCAUCGUCGUUAGCCCUGGCCUGAUCGAGGCCUUCGCGGUGGACUCUGAACCUGACGAUUCCUCAUCACCAAGGCCGCUCAUCUCUCUUGAACUGACACCGCUCGUUCCUAUUCGCCGUGGCACCGCCAUCGACAUUAGUAUUCGUUCUCCUCCCACCGAGCGAUCCCAGAUCACAUCCAGCAACAACAUCAUGUUCCGGUCAUGCAACCCUGACGAAUGCGACGCCCUAUAUGGUCUAAUCAACCAAUCAAGAAUCAACAACCCAACUUACAUCGCGCUUCAAAACGCUCGCGGUCCAUUCAACAGCCGUGCCUCUACCUUCGAACCUGCCCCAAAAGCCGGCGGAGGCCUGUUUGGCUGGCCCCGCCGCAGAAAAAGCUAUCGCGCAUCGAGCUCCCCGCGCUCUCUAGCCGAAGGAUCCGAAAGUAGCGUGGGAACCAUGAGCAGCGCAUUUUCCGCGCUCAAACGAUUCGGAAACGGCAGCAAAAUGUUCAACAUUGCCCGCUCAACCAUCGAGUCCCGCACUGGCCGCGAAGGCAGCAUCUACUCCGGCUCCGGUGAUUCCGGCAACGACCCAUCCCCCAACUCGGGCUUAGGUCGCAUCGCCGCAGCAGUCAAAGGCGCUGAUGGCAUCGGUCUCUCAAACGCCAAGGUCCGCCUGUACGCACGCGAAUCUGCCUCCAAGUGGAGCGACAUGGGCGCUGCCCGCCUGACCAUCAUGCCCGCACCACCCAAGAACCCAUCCCGCCCCGGUAGUGGUCUCAGCGGUGACGGCAGCUCACCGCAGGGUGACAACGCAAGUGGCAUUUCGCCUCCCGCAUCAGGGUCCGCUUCCCCGCGCGGUGCCCUCUCGACUGAGAAGCGCAUUGUCAUCCGCGGCAAGACACACGGCGAGACUCUCCUCGACGUUUGUCUGGGCGAGAGCGCCUUUGAGCGCAUUGCCCGCACGGGCAUUGCGGUAUCCAUCCGCGAGGAGGAUGAAGACGCUUCCAUCGCGAAGCAGGGUGGUGUUGCUACUGGCUCUGGCAAGAUAUUUAUGAUUCAAAUGAAGAGUGAGGCUGAGGCAGCUUAUACCUUUGGGCUUGUUGGCAAGCUCAGGUAUUGA